AUCGUCCACCACACAGGCGCCCAGAGAGGUGUGGGGGAAACAUAAUGGACGGUAAAUAAAAGAAAGUAAGCUUUUCAAUCGGUACGCCUUACCCAAAUUUACUCCCGCUUUUGUUCAACGACAUUUCAUCGACACCGCAGCAAGCUGGACGGCAUAACUUUGGCGAUACACACGGCCGGACGGACCCACCCGAGACAACACGCGCACACCCCAAUCCUUGCCGAUAGCAAGCAUACCGACCGGCAAAUAGCCCAAGUUGACGACCGCCCGCCCGCCCGCCAGCAUGGAUUUCGCGGCGCUUAUGUCCAAAGAGCUGGACAAGGCAAAAGAGUCGACGCCGACCUCGUCGUCAUCAAAAUACGUCAAGCGCGCCGACGUCGAAGCGAAGCGCAGGCAGGAAUACCUCGCGGAACAAGCCCGCAUCGAGGCCGAGCGGGAGGCCAGGGCCGCCGCGAAGCGCAAGCGCGAGGACGAAGAAGCGGCUGAGAAGAAGAUACGCGAAGAAAAACGUCAAAAGCUCGCCGAGGAAUCACGACGGCGGCGCGAGGAGAAGGAAGCAGAGGAGGAGCGCGCCCGGCGCAAGCGGCUCGGCCUGCCGGAGCUCGUCAAGGCCAGCAGCGAGGACGUCGCCGAGGUCGAGGACGGCAUGGAGGACAUACCCGACGAGGAGCUCACGGGAAAGCUGCGCGCGCUGGGCGAGCCGGCGACGCUCUUCGGCGAGGGACACGUGGCAAGGCUGAGGAGGUACCGACGGCUCACGACGGUGGUCACAAAGGGCCCCAUUCCGACGACGCUGCAGCUGGUUGAGGAGAAGGACAUGAAGGUCGACGGUGGGGUGCCCAAGGACAAGGAAGGGCGCAGCUGGCUGUUCAGGCAGCUGGCAUCAUACUUCACCAUGGUCCUGACCGAGUACGAGAAGGCCAUGGAGCAGGAGCGGCGCGACACGACUGCGAGCAAGACGGCCUACAGCGCCAUGGUGCAGAGCCGCGAGAACCUCAAGCCGCUGUUCCGCAAGUUCGAGAAACACGACCUCGACGACGACCUCCUCGCGCCCGUCGUCGAGAUCGUCAAGGCCGCGCAGGAGCGCCGCUACGUCGACGCCAACGACGGCUACCUCCGUCUCUCGAUCGGCAAGGCUGCCUGGCCCAUCGGUGUCACCAUGGUCGGCAUCCACGAGCGCAGCGCCCGCGAGAAGCUACACAACGGCGAGCGCGGACAUGUCAUGGGCGACGAGGUCACGCGCAAGUACCUGCAGAGCAUCAAGCGCCUCCUCACAUUUGCGCAGAUCCGCUGGCCGCCCACCGACGUGCGUCAACUCAUGGGGUGAUGAGACACGUCCUGUUGAGAAUCCAUUUCUUGUCCUCUUUCGAGACUCCUGGGCGUGCACCGGACCGCAAGUCCGAAUGGAACACCACGGGUGGUGGUUAUGGUACUUGGUGGGCGGCAGGGGGGCAUGCGCACGGAAAAGAAAAGAAAAGAAAAAAGAAGACCGCGCUGCCCCUCCUUGCCGCUGCUUCUUGACCCCCCCC